GGUCCGACAUGCGUUCAAAAGAUUUUGAGGAACCAAGUGAACAAGUUGCAUAACGAUGAACUUGAAUUCGCUUUUACGAGCAUUUCAAGCAAGUAAAUUUUGUUAUCGUGCUACAUAUACCAUCCCACUAGUACGAAGAUUGUCCAGUUCGAGUACAGAGGUAAAGCGAUGGGGUUUUCAAGACCAAAACCACCACGAUUGCACAGCAUUUCAGUCUUUCAAAGUCAAAACUUACUCCACUGGAAGAUUGCUUCCCCCUCAAAGAAACUACUGUUCUUUGAACACUAGUGAUUCUAAAGAUGAUGUAUUAGAAAGAGAAGAAGCUGUUGCCGCCCAAGAUCAGGAACAUCCUAAUCGAAGGACUAUUUUUGUUGGGUCUCUUAACUAUCUCACAGAUGAAGACAAACUGCACCAACAUUUCUCCAAGUAUGGAGAGAUUGAGCACCUUAGAGUCAUUCGUUAUACGACGUCUUCCAUGCCAAAAAAUUAUGCUUUCGUGGUUUUUAAGUCUGUUGAGUCCGUCGAAAAGGCUCUACAAGGAAAAAACUUUCUUGAUUCAAGAAGGUUAGAGGUUGCGAGGCAUGAUCGUGAUGCUACACACGAGAGAAAGAUUUUCCUAAGAGGAAUACCCUUGGAACUUGAGAUCAAUGAUAUGAAAGACUAUUUCUCCCAGUACGGAGACAUCAAAUCAGUCGAUAUUCCAAUGACUGGUAAAAAGAGAAGAGACUAUGGCUUUAUUGAAUUUUUGUCUGAAAACUCCCCAAUCAAAGCACUAAAACGACAAAACCAUGAGGUGAAAGGCCAUGUCCUGCAGGUGGGCACUUGUAUAGCUAAACGCAGAAAAAGUGUACCAGGCAAGAUAGUAGUGGACCUUUUACCAGAAGACAUUACCCUUGAAGCUGUGAGAAAAUAUUUUGAGCAAUUUGGGCAGCUUAACUCAAUUGAUAUGGUCUUUAAGCGUGAUUUUAUUUCAGCCAAGAAUUUUGCUUUUCUGUGUUUUCAAAAUCAAGAAGUWGCUGAUGAAGUUUCAAGUAGCAAAAGAAAUCAUUAUAUUGAURGCCAAGAAGUAGUUGUGAAGCCAAUGCACUCUACGACCAAGUCGAGACCAGCGUCGUCCAGGGAAAAGAAGGUUUUUAUAGAAGGUAUACCCCUGGGAAAGACUGAARAUGAAAUUAUGUCAUAUUUCAAUCAAUUUGGAGAAGCGAUUCAUCUUCAUUUGAUUGAGAGUUGGGAAGAAAGAAAGAUAGACCAGUGUGGAAUCUUAAGGUUCAAGAGGAAAAGAGAUGUUGAUAAUUUGUUAGCCCAAUCAGAGCUCAUAAUGGAAGGCAGUCCUCUAAAUGUACGACGACUUGGAUUCACGGCUGAGACUUCAUCAGAAUACACUCCAUUGUAUUCAGAGUUUAGAAAGAAACACCAAAUAAAUUCCAUUGAUACUAAAAUACAUGAAAGUAUUGAGGGCACAGAAGAAGAAAUGCAAGAGAGUGGUCUCACCCAUUAUCCAAAACUUGAUUGAUACAGUCCUAAUAGUAGAAGAAUAAUUAAUAUAAAUGGAAAAGAGAUAUUGAUUAAUGAUGCCCAUUGUUAUACAAUUACUGGUUAAAUUUCAAAGUUUCUAGGCUAAGACUCUAUCUGGUUGUCUUGAUUUCUUGGCCUUUUGCAAAUCAAAUUUUCAGUUGUCCACCUCUGUUAAAUACCCAU